CUCUCGUCGCGACGAGAUCUUUCGAGAUCUUCUCCGCCCCCGCUACCGGCGCCCUCGUCUGCGGCCGCUGAGCCGGAGCCGGCCUGAGCAGCGCUCUCCGCUGCGGCUUCCUUCCCACAUCUAGGCGCUCGCGAGGGCACCCUCCCGUCUCCCGCGAGUCCCCAUCCCCUGGCCCACGCGGCUCGCUCUCCACGCGCCAGCCCCGCCGGGGUCCGUGUCCUGUUUCGCUGGCCGGACCUGGGCUCGAGCCCGAACUGUAGCCGGCGCCAUGUCGGUGGUGGGCAUAGACCUGGGCUUCCAGAGCUGCUACGUCGCUGUGGCCCGCGCCGGCGGCAUCGAGACGAUCGCUAACGAGUACAGCGACCGCUGCACGCCGGCUUGCAUUUCUUUUGGUCCUAAGAAUCGUUCAAUUGGAGCAGCAGCUAAAAGCCAGGUGAUCUCCAAUGCAAAGAACACAGUCCAGGGGUUUAAAAGAUUCCAUGGCCGAGCAUUCUCUGAUCCGUUUGUGGAGGCAGAAAAAUCUAACCUUGCCUAUGAUAUUGUGCAGCUGCCCACUGGAUUAACGGGGAUAAAGGUAAAAUAUAUGGAGGAAGAGCGAAAUUUUACUACAGAGCAAGUGACUGCCAUGCUUUUGUCCAAAUUGAAGGAGACAGCAGAAAGUGUUCUUAAGAAGCCUGUUGUGGACUGUGUUGUUUCGGUUCCUUGUUUCUAUACCGAUGCAGAAAGACGAUCAGUGAUGGAUGCAACACAAAUUGCUGGUCUUAAUUGCUUACGAUUAAUGAAUGAAACUACUGCAGUUGCUCUUGCAUAUGGAAUCUAUAAGCAAGAUCUUCCUGCCCUAGAAGAGAAACCAAGAAAUGUAGUUUUCGUAGACAUGGGGCAUUCUUCUUAUCAAGUUUCUGUAUGUGCAUUUAAUAGAGGGAAACUUAAAGUUCUGGCCACUGCAUUUGACACAACACUGGGAGGCAGAAAAUUUGAUGAGGUGUUAGUAAAUCACUUCUGUGAAGAAUUUGGGAAGAAAUACAAGCUAGACAUAAAAUCCAAAAUUCGUGCAUUAUUACGACUGUCUCAGGAGUGUGAGAAACUGAAGAAAUUGAUGAGUGCAAAUGCUUCAGACCUCCCUUUGAGCAUCGAAUGUUUUAUGAAUGAUGUUGAUGUAUCUGGGACUAUGAAUAGAGGCAAAUUUCUGGAGAUGUGCGAUGAUCUCUUAGCUAGAGUGGAGCCACCACUUCGUAGUGUUUUGGAACAGGCCAAGUUAAAGAAAGAAGAUAUUUAUGCAGUGGAGAUAGUUGGUGGUGCGACACGAAUCCCUGCAGUGAAAGAGAAGAUCAGCAAAUUUUUUGGAAAAGAACUUAGUACAACAUUAAAUGCUGAUGAAGCGGUCACUCGAGGCUGUGCGUUGCAGUGUGCAAUCUUAUCGCCUGCUUUCAAAGUCAGAGAAUUUUCUAUAACUGAUGUAGUACCAUAUCCAAUAUCUCUGAGAUGGAAUUCUCCAGCUGAAGAAGGGUCAAGUGACUGUGAAGUCUUUACAAAAAAUCAUGCUGCUCCUUUCUCUAAAGUACUCACCUUUUAUAGAAAGGAACCUUUCACUCUUGAGGCCUAUUAUAGCUCUCCGCAGGAUUUGCCCUAUCCAGAUCCUGCUAUAGCUCAGUUUUUAGUUCAGAAAGUCACUCCUCAGUCUGAUGGCUCCAGUUCAAAAGUGAAAGUCAAGGUGCGAGUAAAUGUCCAUGGCAUCUUCAGUGUGUCUAGUGCAUCUCUAGUGGAAGUGCUCAAGUUUGAGGAAAAUGAGGAACCAAUGGAAACAGAUCAGAAUGCAAAGGAGGAAGAGAAGAUGCAAGUGGAUCAGGAGGAACCACAUGCUGAAGAGCAGCAGCAGCACACGCCAGCAGAGAAUAAGGCAGAGUCUGAAGAAAUGGAGACCUCUCAAGCUGGAUCAAAAGACAAAAAGAUGGACCAACCACCCCAAGCCAAGAAGGCAAAAGUGAAGACCAGUACUGUGGACCUGCCCAUUGAGAAUCAGCUGUUAUGGCAGAUAGACAGAGAGAUGCUCAACUUGUACAUUGAAAAUGAGGGUAAGAUGAUCAUGCAGGAUAAACUAGAGAAAGAGAGAAAUGAUGCCAAGAACGCUGUGGAAGAGUAUGUGUACGAGAUGAGGGACAAGCUUAGCGGCGAGUAUGAGAAGUUUGUGAGUGAAGCUGAUCGUAACAGUUUUACCUUGAAAUUAGAAGAUACUGAAAACUGGUUGUAUGAGGAUGGAGAAGACCAGCCAAAGCAAGUUUAUGUUGAUAAAUUGGCAGAAUUAAAAAAUCUAGGUCACCCUAUUAAGAUGCGAUUCCAGGAAUCUGAAGAAAGACCAAAAUUAUUUGAAGAACUAGGGAAACAAAUCCAACAGUAUAUGAAAGUAAUCAGCUCUUUCAAAAACAAGGAGGACCAGUAUGACCAUUUGGAUGCUGCAGACAUGAUGAAGGUGGAGAAAAGCACAAAUGAAGCCAUGGAGUGGAUGAAUAACAAACUGAAUCUGCAGAACAAGCAGAGUCUGACCGUGGAUCCAGUUGUCAAGGCAAGAGAGAUUGAAGCUAAAAUUAAGGAGCUGAUGAGUAUCUGUAGCCCUAUAAUUUCAAAGCCCAAACCCAAAGUGGAACCUCCAAAAGAGGAGCAAAAAAAUGCAGAGCAGAAUGGACCAGUGGAUGGACAAGGAGACAGCCCAGGCCCUCAGGCUGCCGAGCAGGGUACAGACACAGCUGUGCCUUCGGAUUCAGACAAGAAGCUUCCUGAAAUGGACAUUGAUUGAUUCCAACAAUUGUUUAUAUUAAAACAGACUAUUAUAAAGCU